AAAAAAUGUUCCAUUCAAAAACUUUUACAAAGAGUUGUUGUGUAAAAAAUUGUUCUAACAACAACAGUAAGGAGGGGAUGAAGUUCCACCUGUUUCCUAAAGAUCCCAAUCUAUUCGAAGUUUGGAAGAAAGUUGUCGAUCGUCCUGAUUAUGUAAUCAAGAAUAACAGCUUCAUGUGCAUGAUGCAUUUCUCCAAAUCUCAGAAACCUUUAUCUCAGUACCACACAUCACGGCUUAGAAAAAGCGCAGUGCCAUCCUUUAAUCCGGACCUAGAGAAUUUCACAAAUUGCAACGCAUCAAUUCUAGGUGAAACCGUCGAAAACGCAAGUCUGAUAAAACAAAACAAGACGGUGGGAGUUAAGCGCGAGCAAAGCGAGUCCGAAAUUUACAAUUGCAAUCUGUGUGAAUACUCAACAAGGAAGAAGUCUAACUUGAAGUCGCACAAUUUGAAUAAACACCCGGGUAAAGGAUAUUUCUGUGACAUUAGAGAUCGAUCAAGCUUAGAUAGUCAUAAACAGAGUAGACAUGAGGGAGUGAUAUUUAACUGCAAUCUUUGUGAGUAUUCUGCAAUAUCUUCAGUCACGUUAAAAGAACAUAAACAGGAGUAUCAUGAAGUAUUCAGUUUUCCAUGUGAUGAAUGUGAUUUUUCUGCAACUCACUUAACAUAUUUAAGAAUUCACAAAGUGAGUAAACAUGGAAAAAGAAAGUUUCAUUGCAACCACUGUGACUAUUUUGCUACUAGUCCUAGUAUAGUAAAAAAUCAUGCGAGAAAGACACAUAAAGGACAUAAAGGAUAUUUUUGUUAUGAUUGUGAAUAUUCAACAGCUAGUAGAUUUAAUUUUUCAAGGCAUAAUGCUCGACACAAGAUCUGCCCUGAUUGUGAUUUUAAAACAACGCAAAUAUUUAGUUUGUUAGAACACAUGAAGACUCAUAAAGUCACGACAGCAGUGAAUGAGAUUACUAAUUCUAACUUGACUGAAGAGAUGGUUGAAUAUGAUCUUGAAACCAUUGUUACUCAUGUUGUGUGUUACCCUGCAUUGGAUUCCCAAACAGAUAUUGGAAACAUUAAACCUGAUCCUGAUCUUGCCACUGAACCUGUUCUUGUGAAUUUUGAUCCUGAACCUACUCUUGUUACUGAACCUUUGCUUGUGAAAUAUGAACCUGAACCUGAACCUGAACCUGUUCUUGUAAAAUAUGAACCUGAACCUGAUCUUGCGACUCAACCUGUUCUUGUGAAUUUUGAUUCUGAACCUUCUUUUGUGACUGAACCCUUGCUUGUAAAAUAUGAACCUGAACCUGUUCUUGUGAAAUAUGAACCUGAACCUGUUUUUGUGACACAUGAACCUGAACCUGUUCUUGUGAGAUAUGAACCUGAACCUGAACCUGUUCUUGUGAAAUAUGAACCUGAACCUGUUCUUGUGAGAUAUGAACCUGAACCUGUUCUUGUGAAAUAUGAACCUGAGAGGGAAGAAGAAGACAUUAAGGAAGAUGAUCCUUUAGCGGGAUAUUAAUCAUUUCGAGAUUUGAAAUUUCCUUGUUCUAUUAAAUGUGAAGUUUUAAGGGACUGUAGGUUUAUUUUCAAGUGAGAACCAUUUAAAGAGCGCUAUUUUCUCUCUAGAAUCACAAACUUAGACAAAGUAUAAGAAAAUCUUCUAUGGCACCACAUGUGGGAGGCAGCCGCGGUUCAGCAACGAUUAUUAAAUGGGACUUCCCUUUAAGGGGGUGUGGUGCUACUGUCGUUACCGUUACCCCCAUUUUAAAUCCAUAAUUAUAAUCGCUUCAGGGGGCUGAAUUUAAAAAAUUGUCUAAAAUUAUUGAUGUUUCAGA